GACCUGACAGAGUGUGGCAUCAAUAUCAGAGCAGCCUCACUGUACUCAGGAGUAUUCACACAGAUCUUUAAAGAGGAGAAAGGCCUGUACCAGAUAAAGGUGUUCUGCUUCGUCCAUCUGAGCGUUCAAGAGUUUCUGGCUGCGCUUCAUGUCCAUCUGUCCUUCAUCAACUCUGGUGUCAACCUGAUGGAAGAAAAAAAAACUCCUCUGUUGUCUAAAGUCUUUAAGAAACGAAAACCUCUCCAUCAGAGUGCUGUGGACAAGGCCUUGCAAAGUCCAAAUGGACACCUGGACUUGUUCCUCCGCUUCCUUCUGGGUCUUUCACUGCAGAACAAUCAGACUCUCCUACAAGGCCUGCUGACACAGACAGGAAGUAUCUCACAGACCAGUCAGGAAACUGUCCAGUACAUCAAGAAGAAGAUCAAGAAGAAUCUGUCUGCAGAGAGAAGCAUCAAUCUGUUCCACUGUCUAAAUGAACUGAAUGAUGGUUCUCUAGUGGAGGAGAUCCAGCAGUCCCUGAGAUCAGGGUAUCAGCCAGACCUCUCUUUCCCAAUUGCAGUUGGUCCAGAAUUCUGCUGCCAGAUUGCUAACGGGCACUAG